CACGUGUAUGUUUCAAAUUCGCAGAGUGCUCUUAGCUGCGAAGGGGGGAAGACGCGUGCAACAUCUCCUCCGCUCCAUCACAGAGACGAGCGUUGACUCUUACAGCAGAUAUGGCCUUGGCACCUCUCUUAGACGGCGGGCAGGGAGCGAAAAAGGAGGAGGAGGAGAAAGCGAAGGAACAAGGAGAAAGGGAAGGGGUGAAGGAGGACGACAUGGACGAGGAGGAGAAAGAAGCGAUUAGAGGUAAUGAAAAAGAAGAGAGACUGAGGGAGGAGGAGGACAAGGACGAGGACGAGGAAGAGGAGGAGGAGGAUCUUCUCGAAAUCGCGGGAGCAAGAGGAAAAUGGACUAGUCGGGCGAUUCUUCUCUGCGCCGCCGUGACCUUCGUGGUGCCGCUGCAGGCCAUGUCCUACCAGGUGUUGGGGGGCACGCCGCAGCACUGGUGUCAGCCCGCCGCCCUCGCCGCCGCGGACUGGACGCCACAGCAAGUCUACGCGCUUGUGGUGCCGGAAAACCUGACAGAGGGGGACAAGGGCUGCCUCAUGUACGACUACAACUACACGCUGGCGGCUUCCCUGGACUUCGAGGAGGCCAUGGCGAACACGACGAGGCUGCACACGGGGGCUCGAACCAUCACCACCUGCACCUCUAGAUACUUCAACGCCAGCCACUCCACCACGGUGACGGAGUGGGACCUCGUGUGUGAGCGCCGCGCCCUCUACUCCACCACCUUCUCCGUGAGCCACAUUCUGCGGGUGUUCAGCUGCCUCAUGCAAGGGCUCGUGAUUGAUGCGUUCGGUCGGAGUCGGUGCGCGUUGGUGUGCGCGGCGCUGUUCGUGAGCUGCUCCAUGGCGGCGUCCUUCGCGGCGUCCCUGCAGGUGUACCUCGCCCUGCGCGGCCUGGUGGCGGUGUUCGAGCACUUUCUCUACGUGGCCUGCUUCGUGCUGACUCUUGAACUGUGCACGCCGAAGCAGAGAUCGCUAGCGGGCAACCUCUUCGCGGUGCCCUACGCCUUGGGCUACAUGUUCCUCCCCGGCCUGGCACUCCUCGUGAAGGACUGGCGGAACCUGCAGCUGGCACUCUCCCUACCGGGCCUGGCACUGAUCAGCUAUUACUGGCUACUUCCGGAGUCCCCGCGGUGGCUGGCGACGCAAGGAAGACUGAAGGAGGCUCAGAAAGUUCUCUGCAAGGCCGCCCUCGUCAAUGGUAACCCCGCCCCGCCCCGCACCCGCCUGAUGACCGCUCUCGCCGCCAUCCAUGCCAAGACGAAAGAGGAAGCAAGGUCAUCAGGCAGGCAGGAGAGUGACGUUGGAAGCAGCAAAGACUGCAUCAAUUUGACUAUAAAAAUGGUCCAGAAGCUGUGGCUGGGCUGCUGUGAGGUGGGCAGGAGCGUGCGGGCCCUCGUCUCCACGGCCCGCCUCGCCAUCGUCACCGCCAUCGUUUUCUACAUAUGGUUCACCGCCUCCUCUACCUACUACGGCAUCUCCCUCUACUCCGUCAACCUAAGCACCAACCAGUACCUUUACCUGUUCCUGGGCGGCCUGCUGGAGCUGCCCGCCUACGUGCUCCUGUGGCCGCUCGUCUCCCGCUUCGGACGCAAGAAAACUAACGCUGGACUCUACCUCACAUGCGGCCUCUCUCUCACGUCCCUGCUGCUUCUUCAGGGCCUGGCGCCGCAGGGCCCCGUGUGGGUACUGGUGGCCUUCUCUCUCCUUGGCAAGCUCAACGCCGCCGCCGCCUACCAGCUGGCUUAUCUACUGACUGGGGAACUCUACCCUACCGGCGUGAGGUCCUUCGCCAUCAGCCUCUCCUCUGCCUUCUCCUCCAUCGGUGCUUCCUGCUCCUCCUACGUCAACGAUUUGUUGGUCAGAGUGGCGUGGUGGGCCCCAGCGGCGUUGUUUGCAAGUCUCUCCCUUCUGGCGGCGGUGCUGACGGCGGCGCUGCCCGAGACGACCCUCACCGCUCUUCCUGACUCAGUAGCUGACACGCGAACCCUCGGCGCCAACGCUUCACUUCGGCGACGGCAGACAGUGAAGGAGAAGAGUGCAGCGUUACCAGAGGACCCCACUCUGCAUAUAUUUUCAGUUUUCUAACCUAUAACUAUUACGAAAAAAAGGUAGGCCUAACGAUAACUGAUUAAAUAUAGUGUUUUGUGUGAG